AUGGAUGCGGAGAAUGGGGCAGGGGAUGCGAGCGAAGCUAGCGCCGAGCGUGUGCUUGCGAAUCGUGAGCGCGCAAAGCAGAACUUGCGCGCACUGGCCUCGCGUCACGCACGUAGCACCGUCACGACCGCACGCGUUGCUACGCCACAGUCCACGUCCAAGGCGACGAGCGAGGCUCCCCUGCCACGGGACAAAGCGCUUGGAGACUAUAUUGAGUUUGACCUGACUCGCUUGCGCAACUCCAAAGGUGGGUUUCUGCUGAGUGAAAAAGAGGGCGAAAAUGCUGAGCAAGCUCUUGAAGAUAUGCGCAAGGAACGCGAGCGAGAAAAGCAGCGACUGCGCGACCAGAUGGAGCCCGGCAUUACGCUUGACCCAACGACACGGCCUUUGUGCGAGAUGUGCAAGUCAUCAGAUAUCCUCUAUGAUCCAUUCCAGCGUGUCUUUAACGUGUUUAUAUGUCGCAACUGCGAGCGUGCACACCCCGAAAAAUACAGUCUUUUGACCAAGACCGAGGUCAAACAGGACUACCUCCUAACCGAUGCCGAGCUCGCUGACGGCGAGCUACUUCCCCACUUGUUAAAAAAGAAUCCCCUAAAAUCCACGUACAGCAGCAUGAUGCUAUUUCUCCGGGGCCAAGUAGAGCAGUUUGCAUUCUCGGACGCGAAGUGGGGCUCUGCUGAAGGUCUCGACGCAGAAUACCACCAACGAAAUCAGGAGCGUGCAAAGAAGCGAUCGCGAAAAUUUAAUGAAGGGCUUGUAAAUCUUCGCAAACGCACAAUCCGCGGAAAUAUCUGGCAGCAGCGCCGCGAUAACGAGCACCAACACACGUGGGAGCCAGUGCCUGGCUCCGCGUUCCAGCAGCAGUGUCCCACCUGCGGCCAACAAACGGUAGUGGAGGAAUUGUAA